UAUUUAUUUUUAUUGCCUAGCGACCCGCAGCAGGCUAUUUCCUCGAGGUAGACUCCCUAAAGUGGCCUGGCCUGGGUUUGGAGACCCCCGCCCUAGGCUGGGGUUCUUUCCAUAUAGAGGAGACGGAUUCAGAGGGGCUACAGCUUUGGGGAGCUGCUGCAGAAGUUGGCUGUCGUUUCCCUGCACGAGUCCCUCGGUCCUCAGCCAGCCUGCCAGCAGUUCCUACAUAAGGGCUGCCGCAGAGUGACCUAACUGCUUGACCUGGGGCCAAGAAGCCUUAAGGAAAGUUUGGAUGGGGGUAAAGAUUUUAUGCAAACCUAGUGUCUUGGACCAAGAUUGUGGAAAACCAGACUUAUGAUGAGCGGCUAGAAAUUAAUGACUCUGAAGAGGUUGCAAGUAUUUAUACUCCAGCCUCAAGACACCAAGGACUUCCUCACUCUGCCCGCCUUCCUCACGAGACCAUGGCCGAUAACAGCAGCGAUGAGUAUGAAGAGGAAAACAGCAAGGUCCUAAGUGAGGGCAUGCCACAGGCUCCAGGCCACAGAGGCAAAGACGUGGACCCCAUCCCAACUGCCCCUGCAAGUCCCAGGCGCCAUCAGACCCCUUCUCACGGACUUGAGAGGGUGGUAGGGUACAUAGACAGCCAGAAGCUCAGAAAGGAGAAGAAAAAGACCUCGCAGUUGACACCUCAGCGGGGCUUUAGUGAGGAUGAUGAUGACGACUCCUCUGAAACUGAUUCCGAUGAAGACGACGAUGAGGAGGAGCAUGGAGCCCCUCUGGAAGGGGCCUAUGAUCCUGCGGAUUAUGAGCAUUUGCCAGUUUCUGCGGAGAUCAAAGAACUCUUCCAGUACAUCAGUCGGUACACACCUCAGUUGAUCGACCUGGACCACAAACUGAAACCUUUCAUUCCUGAUUUUAUCCCAGCUGUGGGGGAUAUUGAUGCAUUCUUAAAGGUUCCACGUCCAGAUGGCAAGCCAGACAACCUCGGCCUGCUGGUACUGGAUGAACCUUCUACAAAGCAGUCAGACCCCACCGUGCUCUCCCUCUGGUUAACGGAGAACUCCAAGCAGCACAAUGUCACGCAACAUAUGAAAGUGAAGAGCCUUGAAGAUGCAGAAAAGAACCCCAAAGCCAUUGACACGUGGAUAGAGAGCAUCUCUGAGUUGCACCGUUCCAAGCCCCCUGCGACCGUGCACUACACCAGGCCCAUGCCCGACAUCGACACAUUGAUGCAGGAAUGGUCACCUGAGUUUGAAGAACUUUUGGGCAAGGUGAGCCUGCCCACGGCAGAGAUCGACUGCAGCUUGGCAGAGUACGUCGACAUGAUCUGUGCCAUCCUAGACAUCCCUGUCUACAAGAGUCGGAUUCAGUCCCUCCACCUGCUCUUCUCCCUCUACUCGGAAUUCAAGAACUCACAGCAUUUUAAAGCUCUCGCUGAAGGCAAGAAAGCAUUCACCCCUCCUUCCAGCUCCGCCUCCCAAGCUGGAGAUGCAGCAGAGACGCUAACCUUCAGCUGAGACACCUUCCAAGCCACUCUGCUGUGAGGCUGGGCUGGCUUCUGUCCCCCACUGGGACGGAGAGCAUCAUCAGCCACCUGAUCCUCACUGCACCAUCGCACUCAGCGCUUGGCACAUCCUUCUCCCCUCUGUCCCAGGGCUGCUUGUUAAAGGGUUCUGACUAUCUCAGCUUGCCUUGCGAGGGGUCGGCCACCCACGCCUCCCGCAGGGAUUUGGUAGAACUAGAAUUUCUGAGAUUCCAUGGAGCUCAGGUUGGGAGGAAAGCUUCAAAGACAUUCUUUCUCUUUUUAGUUUUUACCAAAAAACCCCCCACAAAACCUAAAAUAAAUAAGUAAAUUAAAUAAAGAUCUGAAGUAAAUUUGGUAAAAUGUUAAGAUUCAAUAGAGGGAGGGGCCAGCAGAUGGCAUGGUUGUUAAGGAUGCUGGACUCCCACUGGGCUGAUCGCAGUUCGACCCCUGGAUCUGAUGGCUUGCUUUCUCACUUCCUCUGUCUUUCUCCCUCUCUCUCUCUCCGGUGAGCACAAAAUACAAAAGACUUAGCAGAGCUGAGUGGUAGGUACACAGAUGCUUGCUGUAUUUUCUCUACUCUGAUGUUUAAAUAUGUCAUUUAUAAAACUAUUUGAGGGCCAGCAAAUGGCGUAGUGGUUAAAGUCUCUCAGAAAUUUAAAGACCAUUUACUCCAAUAUUUCAUUACAAACCUUAAACUAUGAUUGGCUAGAGUUAGAACGAAGGUUUAAACCUUUGAUUCAUAAUGUAUUCUGAUCUUUGGCUCGCUUAUUUUAUUUUACUGUUUUAUUGUUUGGUUUUAAUAAAUAAGCAUCUAUUAUUCUUCUGCCAUCCUGAAGAAUGAGAAAAUUAUCAAUAAAUGACAUUUCCCUAUGUGCUCUUCUUCCAGCCCAACCCUUUGCUCCCCCAUAACCAGGAUAACUUUUGUAUUUAUUAUUCCCUAUUUAUAGAUUGUUUAUAUCAUAAAUACACAUAUUAAAAAAAUUUGUCUUACUUUCAGCUAUUUUCUAAUUGUGUGAAGGGGCUUCCAAAUGAUUGUAGAAAAAAUGAAAUGAAAGUUUAUUUUGGUAACCAAAAUCUUUUAAAUUCAUGCACAAUUUUUUCAUAAUUCCUUUUUCUAUGAAUUUUUUUGAAGAGCCCCUGUAUGUAAUCUUCAAGUACUUUCUUUAUUGACAUACCAUUUAUAUAGAUUAUAUUUUACAUCCCCUAUAUCUCACGGGUCUAUUCUAUGGCUUUAUGGGCUUUCUAGACUCUUGUUAACUUAUCUACCCUUAUACAUAUAUGACACAUUCUUAAUUAUAAUCACUUUAGUAUUGACACAUGAUAGUGUAAA